AUGGCUGAUCUUGAUAAUAUUCAAUUUGAGAAUGAACAAACAAUUCAUCAGAAUUCUAUGAUUAAAAGUAAUCUUAAAAGAAAAUUUUCUAAUCUAGAUAAUAAAACUGGAAGAAAAUUACAUGAAAUUCAAAAUUAUUUCUGUAUUGAUAAAUCAAAACUUGUUUGUUUAAUUUGUAAACAAUCUUAUGUAUCAAAUACAAGUGUAAAAAAUCUCAAAAAUCAUUUUAAAAAAAAUCAUAAUGAAGAAUAUAUUGAAUUUUUAAAUAAUCAACAAGAAGAAAUUAAUCAAACAGAAAAUAAUCAACAAGAACUAGAAGCUGAAAGAUUAUUUCAAGAAGAAAUUAAUAAAAAAAGAAGAAAAUAUAAGAGAAUUAUCUUAGAAAAUGUUGUUAUCGAAGCUGAUUUAUUUAAUCUGUUUAUCACAGGAUUAGAUGCAGAAAAUAUUAUUAUUCAAAAAUAA